AUGGCGCUUAAAAUAGUGCAGAUAAAUCUGCAGCACUCGAAAUGUGCUACAGAUAACCUUCGGGUACUCUUAGCCGAAGAGGACCUGGACAUUGGGCUGGUGCAAGAACCCUGGGCUUCUGACUUGGACCUUAGUUCAGAAGACCUUACAGUAGCUAAGGUCGAGCUGCCGUGCAACAGAAGCUUCAUGAUUGCCUCAAGCUACAUGGCACAUGAGAAGACAGCUCCUCCAGUUGAAGUGAGUGCUCUACUGUCCUCUGUUGGGGCAUCUGACGACAUCAUCCUGGGCUGUGAUGCCAACGCCAGGCAUUCAAUCUGGGGUAGCAGCGAAAUAAAUGAAAGGGGUGAGUCUUUACUUAAUUACAUUAAUUCCAAUAAACUAAGUAUAUGUAAUUCUGGUAAUACGCCAACAUUCAUGUUUCCAAGUUCGGACAACUAUAAUGGAUGGGAGGAAGUAUUAGAUAUUACACUCAUAAAUGAUAGGUCUAAGAAUAUGCCAGUUGUAGAAGAUUCGAUAACUGGUCUUGAGAAAAUAGAGGAAAACUUUAGUAAAACUUUAGUCAAGGCUUUCGAAGUUUCCUGUCCAGUCACUAAGGCUAAGAAAAGCUUCCCUCCAUGGUGGAAUUCUGAGCUAUCUAAACUACGUAGGGAAACUCGUAGGGCCUUUAACAUUAGCUACAAUAGUAAAUCAUGGCAACCAUAUCGUGAUCAAUUGAAAGCCUACAAGAAAGCUAUAGUAGUCGCAAAAAGAAACUCAUGGAGAAGCUUCUGUGAAUCUAUAGAUAAUACAAAAGACUCUGCAAGACUUAGUAGAAUUCUAGCCAAGUGGCAAUCCAAUCCUACUUAUAUCAAAAGGAAGGAUGACUCCUGGUCUGAAUCCUCAGCAGAGUCACUUGACAUCCUACUGAAUACUCAUUUCCCAGGCUGUAAGGAUGUUGCUACGGAUUUUGAGAGGGAAGGUAGGACUCUAUUCAAUAUCGAUAGUUAUAUCGUCUCCUAUGACAGGAUAUCAUGGGCGAUUGACAGUUUCGCACCUUUCAAGUCACCCGGGCCGGAUGGUAUAUUGCCAAAGAUGCUAUAA